AUCACAGACACGGGAACCAUGUCACACCAUGAUGUGGUGAAGGGAUGCAAACUGGUCGCCGUGCUUCUUCUCUGGCUUGGAGCCUCUGCUGAAGACAAACGUGCAGGCCGUGCUCAUGCCGCAGAGCCCCAGGAGCACACGUCGCACCGCUCGAUUGGAUUGUCGGACGUGGUGAUCGUGAUCCAGAGUCAGAGGAACUCCUUCCACGCCCGCCGAGGUGGUCAGAGGAAGGUGGAGAUUCUUCGGCAGGCAGCCGAGCUGGGACAGGGAGAUCCAGUUGUUCUUCUUCUCCAUGAGCUGUUAGAGGAUGAACGGGAUUGGAUUAUCAUCCCUCUGCUUCCUGAUCUCUCCGCCACUUACGGCCAAUCGGCAUCCUGGUUUGUCUUCAUCGAGGAGGAAACCAGCAUCUCGCUGGGUAACCUGCUGAAGGUCCUCCACAGAUAUGAAGUCCAGGAGGAAUGGUUUUUGGGGAAGCGUCUCCAUGACAACGAGGCCUCCAUUAUCCACCACUAUGCGUUCUCUGAAGACCCCGCUUCCUUUAGUUACCCUGACCCCGCAGCAGGCUGGGCUCUCAGCACACCGCUGCUCCAGAGACUCGCCGAGCAGAUCCAACAUAAGCAUCUCAAGUCAGACUUCACUAUCGACUUGAAACACGAGCUUGCGUUGUACAUUUGGGAGGAAGGAUAUGGUCCAAAGCUGACGGCAGUUCCAGAGUUUUGUACGGACACGAGAGACAACUGUGCGACAACAUUUACGAGCUACCUGCCCAACUGUGGAAAUCCGGUGUCGAGGACAGAAGUAUUUGUUGCUGUGAAAACUUGCCAAAGGUUCCACUCCGAACGAGUCCCAGUUGUGAAGGCAACCUGGGAGAAAGACGCAGAGUUUAUUGAGUAUUACAGCGACGUCACUGAUGCCUCCAUACCCACCAUCGAUCUGGGAGUGCCCAACACCGAGAGAGGGCAUUGUGGGAAGACUUUUGCCAUCUUGAGGCGGUUCUUGAGCAAAGCUGUACCAGAGGCUGAUUGGCUCCUCAUUGUGGACGAUGACACACUCAUCAGUUUGCCACGGUUGAGGCGACUGCUGCGGUGCUACGACUCAAAGGAGGCGGUGAGCCUGGGGGAGAGAUACGGCUACAGCUUGCUCCUGAACGGAUACAGCUACACCACCGGAGGAGGAGGGAUGGUGCUGAGCCGCGCGGCCGUGUCCCGGCUGCUCUCCAGUGGCUGUCGCUGCUACAGUGAUGAUGCUCCUGAUGACAUGGUGCUGGGCAGGUGCUUCACUUCCUUGGGUGUUCCCAUCACACACAGUCCACUGUUCCACCAGGCACGACCGUGUGACUACUCCGAAGCGCUGGAGCAGGCCGUCUCCUUCCACAAGCACUGGAACAUAGAUCCCGUUGUCGUCUACAGACACUGGCUGCAGGACACACAGCCGCGAGUUGAACUCUAGGAACACUGAGUUUACAAAAGGUAACGCGUACAAUACUGGAGACACACUUUUAUACGAACCCUGGCACAUAAUUAUUACCCGCCUUAAUACCUGCAUCAAGCUAUAUUUUUUAUGUCAACAUAAAAUCAAAUGAGCGGUCGACUGAGUGUGAAACUCCACGGAGGUUUCUACCUUCAUGUCGCCCGACUGGGUUGAACGGCCUGUGUUUGAUUGAAUGAGAACAACACAGCUUCAUUAAAAGCAGCAAACGACAGAUGGGAAAACCUGCUGACUGAAUACAAAUUGUCCUCUGCCUCCACUGGACGUGUAGCUUUAAGCAGCUGCAUUAUGUCAUUUAAGACGACUCGGCGUCUGACCUUUUGCCCUCAAGUGGCCGAAUAUCGGUUAAUGUCACGCAGUUUUUAACCCUCCUGUUACCUUCACAUUUACUCACAUAUUUUACCCUCGGGGUCAAUUUGACCCCAGCAAUUGUUUGUUGACUACCUAAAUAGCCCUUUAAAUAUAUAAAAAAGUUGAUAUUUCUUAUAUGUUUGACACAGUGAAAAACAGCCUGGGGUCAAAUUGACCCCAAAGAACACCGACAUUAAACAUUGAAUGGGGUCAAAUUGACCCUAAAGGUAACAGGAGGGACCAUGACACGUCACAACUGACAGGGCAAAGGUCGACAACAAGGCUCGACGUGGACUCAACAGUGCUUUGAUGCUGCCAUCGGCACGCUCACGUCCAGCAGGUACGUCGGCCGUGGUCAGCAGCUCAGUGAGCACGCUAACAUUUGACUGUGAGAGGAAAUAACACACUUUAGAGACUUUACAGUUCUCGGGAAGCCGUAAAGGACUUCCUGUCUCUCAGCGGUCAUCGAGACCGGGUCUGAGGCGCGCACUGAUUUGACAUCGAGCCACCGGGAUCAUGAGAGUGGACGUCUGAGAGUCACUGCUGGUCACUCCACCCCCAACCCAGAUGUUUCAUUUAUUGAAGAAAGAUUGUGUUGAUAUAUUUGUAAGAUCUGAUAUGUAUGAUACAUCUUGCAUUGGUGAUGUCUCAAGACAUACACUUUUUAUUUUGGUUUUAUUUCAUUUGUUUAGCCAGUUAAAUCGAUCCCUACGAGGAAGACCUGAAGUUGCAGAAGAAAUAAUCCAACAUCAGAGAGCUGAGAUUAAAUACGACACAUAAAAAUACAAGACAUCAAAAAAGCAUGUACGCUAGGAAUAGAGUUAUUACAAAAGAGUAAUUGACCAUAGAAUAUUAUUGAUGAUGAAAACGUUCACAGAAUUUAUUUCAGUAAUAUUGUAUACUAAUUUUCCUUAAUGCAAAUGCACUUUUUGAAGAAUAUGCUUCUUCCUUUUCUCCCUGAGAUUUCCCAACAUAUCUAACUGUUCCUUUAAUUUAACAUUUCUGUUAUAUAUUCUGAAACAAAUGUCCAAAUUCUGCAUAAAAAGUUGUGUGCACAUGUUUUUAUGAACUUUGUAUAUGUUUACCACAUGGCAUAUCAUUAUGCAGAUAAGCCUCUAAUGGGGUUUUGUCAAAUCUUAUUUUUGAACUGUGUGUUUCAAAGUAAUUGACCACAGCUGGCCAGUGCCUGGAUUAAAAUUGUGCAGCUGUUUUUAUGAAUAUAUAAAUGUUUGUGCAUGCUGGCUGAACCGGUUUAAUUAAAUUUUUCAAUAAUUUGAAAAAAAAUAUUUAUUAUGUUGAACAAAACUUUUUUGUGCAUUUUUUUCCUCCUCCUUUCUUUCAAUUGACGAGACCGAGUGAUGGAAGACACAGAUACAGUAUUAUUAUUAUUAUUAUUACUAAAGUUAGAAUUAGAAACACCACGACGCAGGGAUGAUAUUACAUUUUCUUUCCCCUGCCACAGUAGGGUGGCUUUCAUUUUCCCAGACUUCAAUCUCGUAUGCCGUGAAGUGCCCUUCGUCGAUGUCACUGUGAUCUUAGUUACCGUAGCAACGGGGACAUUGACUGCACGGAGGGACAUUUCUGUUGUCACAGUUUCUCUCGAAGGCUUCGUGUGAUGUCCGGCUGAUGAUAUUAUCAUAAAUGAAUCAUGCGCCCUCACAGAAUAAAUAAAUACACAGAUCACGCUCUCUUUAUUCAGAUCACCACGGUACUUGAAUUAUUCACGGCCGCUUCAAAUGACGAUUGAAGAAAGACACGAUUCAUACUUUUUUUUUUUUGCUCGCCUUUUUUGUUUUCAACUUCAUGUCAUGCGGCUGCAGGGAUGUCGGUCCGUUUCUGGGUUUUCGGGCCACUUUGAUUCACAUCAUUAAUCCAGUGAGAUGUCAUAAACUCCAGAGAGCUCUCGCUCUCAGCAGCCCACAGGAGACGUUCAGUCGACAACUGAACCUCAUGUUCCUCUGAGUCGAACUCAGCGGCGAGACUCUUCCUUCUCCCUCUUCUUCCAAUUUCAACCGAUGAACAGUCAAUUAAAUCGGGUUCAGUAAACGCACACAGAUGGUUCUUAUCAUGCUUUUUUUGUUCUGUGGAUCUGACAUGGAUGUUUUUAUUUUUGUCCAUUUUAACAGAGUUCUCCCUUAUUUUAUUUACGUUGUGUGUUCUGAAUUUGUGGGUCUUCUUAUUCCUACUUGACUGUCUAAGAGUCUCCUGAAUGAGGAUACUCCCUAUUCACACUAUUAAUUGUUUGUGCACCUAUUGAGAAGCGUAAAUAUUGUAUAAACAUUGUAUAUGUAAUCUUA